AUGUCUGACAAAGGCGGGCCGGAGAAACCCGGCGCGAUAUGUGGCAAAUGCGACAAAAUGGGUUGGAAGCGGAUGGUGAAAUGCGCGAAAUGCAGACUCUGGUAUCACUAUGAAUGCGUGCGUGUGACUUCUGGAGUGCUCGACGCCCCCUGGGUUUGCAAUGACUGCCUUAGAAGAUCUAUCGAGGAAAGCAAUGAAGUCCUUGAACUGCAUCUGCGUGAGGAACGGCGGAAGGUGUAUCGCAGCCUACAGCAGAAACUAGAAAAGCAGUGGCGUGAACAAAACCCUGGAACUGAUCACACGCAGUCUGAGAACGUUGAGUACGUUAAGUUUGGGAAUACCGUCAUCCAAAUUGAGCGACGUGGUGGAAUUCCUCUGGCUACAUCCAGUCCUUCUGCCGGUGCGGAACCAGCAAUGAAACCCGGUCAGUCCGGAACACUUCAGCGCCUCCGUGAACUGGAAGAAGCAAACAGGAAGCUACGUAGACAGAUAGAAUUGGCCCAACAAUCGGAAACAUCAGGAGGAUUCACUUCCCACACGGAACCGGCGGAAUCACUGUACGAAUAUCCGCUGCCCAGCUCAAGACUAGAACAGAACAGAAUCUUCCCACCACGGGAUCUGAAGCUGAAAGCGCUAGCGGAAAGGCAGGCGCUAGAGAAGAAGCAGCUUGAAGAAAGACAAGCACUGGAGCAAGAACUUCUCGACCAACAAGACCUUGACGAAGACUUGCGAUCUGUACGAACACGCAGCAGUGAUCACCACUCGUCCGGAUCAAACUUCUUGAAUGUCAGCAAAUGGCUAGAUGAACUGCAAAUCUCUCUCAACCCUGUGCCAGCCGCGAGCGAAACCCCCUCCGGAAGCAUGCCAACUCCCCGCGGAAACAGAUCUUUGCCCGCGCUGUCUUCUAUUAGUGACCGGCGAGGUUCACCUACACCUCCUCCAAAGCCUCAAGAUCUAUCGAGCGGCUCGCGAUUGACCAGCAGUCAAAUAGCUGCCCGCCAUAUUGUGAAGGACUUGCCAAGGUUUGGCGGAAACCCGGAAGACUGGCCACGGUUCAUAGCCGCGUACGAACGAACAAAGAAGAUGUGUGGAUUCGAGAAUGAUGAACUCCUGGAUCGACUGGAACGUUGCCUGUACGAUAAAGCACAACUUGCGGUCCAGAACCUAUUGCUACAUCCCAACAAGGUUCCGUUGAUCAUUGAGCGCUUGAGGACCCUUUACGGGAAUCCAGAGAUCAUUGUGGAGACGAUGGUACAGCGAGUCCGAAUGAUGCCCCGACCAAAAGCGGACCGAAUGGACACGAUAAUCGAUUUCGGAAUUGCAGUACAAAACCUUUGUGCUACCAUGGAGGCUUGUCAGAUGGAUGAGUGCUUAUACAACGUGGCUCUGCUACAAGAGCUCGUCGAGUACCUGCCGCCGUCCAUUAAGGUUAACUGGGCGCUGCACCGGCAGGGCAAGUUAAAGGUGUCUCUGGGCGACUUCGGAGACUGGCUUGGUAACCUGGUCGAAGCUCUAAGUAAGGUGACAAGACCGCAACCUACGGUAAAAGGCCACGGUGUCCACCGGGAUCGUAACAAUGAGCACGUCCAUGUUCACUCCAAUACCCUGGACGACCAAACAGUUCACGAAACCUGCCUCGCAUGCGGAAGCGACUGUCAAUCGCUGGACAAAUGUGCCAAAUUCCUAAAAAUGUCACCCAAACAUCGAUGGGAACAAAUUAGGGAAAAAAGCAUUUGUCGCAAGUGCCUAAAAAGACAUUUUAAACCUUGCGACACGAAAGUUCCGUGUGGUAAGAACAGCUGCAAAUUCCUGCACCAUGAACUUCUCCAUGACAGCAGCAAGCACAAGUUACCUGAGGAUCUGAAAGCAACGAACGUUCAGUCGCAGGAGGAGUGUAAUGCGCAUCACUGCUGCCUCGGAUCUGUUCUAUUCAAGUACGCAAAGGUCACCAUCCACGGCAAGGGAAAGUCCAUCACCACCUACGCAUUCCUCGACAGCGGCUCGACUUGCUCACUGAUGGAACACAGCCUCUGGAAAGAACUUGGACUUGAAGGAGAGCAGUACCCACUAUGCAUUGGAUGGACAGCAGGACAAGGUCGAUACGAGGCCGGCUCGGUCAAGUGCGCGGUGGACAUCUCGAGUAUCCACAGUGGACAUCGAAACCGAUUGAAGAAACUUCACACGGUCGAAAGCCUACAGCUGCCGGCGCAGACUAUGAACAUUGACGAUCUCUCGCAACACUACCGGCAUCUUUCGAACCUGCCGAUCGACUCCUACGAAAACGUUCGCCCCAGAAUCCUCUUGGGGAUGGACAAUGCGUUCCUAGACCACCCAAUCGAAGCACGAGAAGGAGGGGAGAACCAACCGGUCGCUGCGCUUACCCGUCUAGGAUGGGUCGUUUACGGGCCUUGCUCGGUUGAAGAAAACUCCAAGAAAAACCAUCACCAAGAAUUCAACUACCACAUAUGCCAAUGUGACACGAUGUUUGCUGAGAUGAAGCAGUACUUUAUGCUGGACAGUCUUGGAAUCCAAACGCCCAGCAAACCGCUGAUGUCCAAGGACGACGAACGGGCGAUGGAGCUGCUGAGAUCGCAGACAGUUCGAGAAGGAAACCGGUACCGAACUGGUCUUUUGUGGAAGUUCGAUGAAGUGAAGCUACCCGACUCGCGAGCUAUGGCGCUGAACCGACUGCGCUGCCUAGAGAAGCGCAUGAUUCGAGAGCCGGAACUUGCUACGGCGCUGCAGGCUAAAAUCGAAGACUACGAGCAGAAGGGUUAUAUAAGGAAGCUAACCGAUGAAGAGGAGCGAGCACAUCGUGAUCGCGUGUGGUAUUUGCCAAUAUUUGUGGUAACAAACCCAAACAAGCCGGGAAAACUACGCAUCGUAUGGGACGCGGCUGCAACCGUCCGUGGCGCAUCGCUUAACUCCUUUCUGCUGAAAGGCCCUGACCAGCUUGCGCCGAUGGUCAAUGUCCUGUACCGCUUUCGGGAGUACCGCACUGCUGUGACAGGUGACAUCCGUGAGAUGUUCCACCAAGUUGGUGUACACCCUGAAGACCAGCAUUGCCAGCGAUUCCUGUGGAACAACGGGCGCCCCGGAUCAACCCCUUCGAUCUACGUUAUGCAGGUGAUGACGUUCGGCGCGACCUGCUCCCCAAGCUGCGCACAAUUUGUCAAAAACACCAAUGCCGAGCGCUUCAACGAGGACCAUCCGGCAGCGGUAAACGCAAUCAUCAAUGACCACUACGUGGAUGAUAUGCUAAGCAGCGUUGAAACGGAGCAAGAGGCAAUCGAGCUGGCGACUAGCGUCCGAGAUAUCCACGCGCAGGGAGGAUUCGAAAUACGAGGUUGGAGAUCAAAUUCGUCUUCAGUUCUCGAAGCACUCAGUGCGGAGCAGUUGAACGAGAAGAAUUUAAACGUCAUCGCGCAGUUUUCAACCGAAAAGGUGUUGGGAAUGUGGUGGGACUCCUGCACCGAUACAUUUACGUUCAAACUGCCGACCAAGCCCGACAAGGAACUGUUGAACGGGUCUCGUGUACCGACCAAGAAAGAGGUUGUAAGCGUGCUGAUGAGCAUCUUCGAUCCUCUUGGGCUUCUGGCCAACGUGCUGAUGUUCCUGAAAGUUCUCAUUCAAGAGAUUUGGCGCUCAAAGGUCGGGUGGGAAGAUCCGAUAACAGCGACACAGUUCGAAAAGUGGCUUACAUGGCUGAAAGUCAUCGAACAGGUAGAAAACGUAACGGUGCCGAGAUGUUACCGCCAAAUAACUUCGAGCUCGUCGAAAACCAAUGUGCAGCUGCACAUGUUCGUAGACGCUGGCGUGCAAGGUUGCGCGACGGUCGGCUACCUGCGGUUCGAAGAGGCUGAUCGCAUCGAAUGUGCAUUUGUCGCUGGAAAGACUAAAGUUGCCCCAAACAAGCUAACGUCGAUACCACGACUUGAAAUAGACGCUGGAACCAUGGGAGUGCGCCUCGCACAGAAGAUAAUGGAAGCCCUUCGCAUCGUGAUACACCAACGGUUCUUUUGGACCGAUGCUCGAGAUGUCCUGUGCUGGCUGCAUUCCGACCAUCGCCAGUACACCCAAUUCGUCGGUUUCCGUGUUGCCGAAAUACUGGAAAAGUCGGACCUGUCCGAAUGGAACUAUUGCCCCAGUAAGCUUAAUCCAGCAGACGAUGGAACCAAGUGGACCAAAACACCAGAUCUGUCGAAAAAGAGCCGCUGGAUGCACGCAUUAUGCUUCAUUCAAGAAAAGACAUCAAACUGGCCAGAGAAGCUUACUCACAUCGGAACGACACAGUUAGAACUUAAGCACUCGGUGGGACUGCACUGUGCGACAGCUCAAGUCAUCAGAUGGGAGAAUUUCUCAACCUGGAAACGGCUACUUCGACACACCGCUUUGUGCAAGCGCUUCGUUCGGAACUCUAAAGCUUCAACGGACAAACAAUUACGCACAACUGGCGAAAUCACCCAAGAAGAACUGCAAGCAGCGGAAGCAUACCUGCAUCGACAAGCUCAGGAGGCAGAGUACCUGGAAGAGAUAGCCAUUCUCACCAAAGCAGCAAACUGUGAUGAACCAGACAGGUACCACAUCCCUAAAAGCAGCUCGCUCUUCAAGUUAUCGCCGCACCUGGACGAACGUGGCGUGCUGCGUAUGUCUGGUAGAGCGGGUGCUUGCGAGUUUAUCGAACCAGAAGUCAGCUGCCCAGUCAUCCUCCCACGAAACCAUCAUAUAACUGUGCUCACCGUACGGUCGAUGCACUUUCGCUAUCAUCACACCAGCAACGAAACCGUCGUAAACGAGCUCCGACAGCGAUACAGAAUUCCACAUUUGCGCCGGGUCUGUUCCCAGGUCCGAUGGUCCUGCCAGGAUUGCAAAAACCGCAGUGCCCGCCCUGCUGCUCCGCUCAUGGCCGAUCUACCACAGGCAAGGCUUGCCGGUUUCUCGAGACCGUUCUCAUACACCGGGGUGGACUACUUUGGUCCCAUGUGCGUCGCCGUGGGUCGCCGCGUAGAGAAGCGCUGGGGCGUGCUCUUGACCUGCCUGGUAACGCGAGCAGUACAUAUUGAGAUCGCGCACUCUCUAAACACCGACUCUUGUAUAAUGGCCAUCCGCAACUUCGCUGCACUGCGCGGAACGCCUCUCGAGCUGUUUAGUGAUCAAGGCACUAACUUCAUCGGAUCAGACCGCGAGCUAAGAGAGGCGCUCCAGAAAAUCGACAACGACAAGCUGUUCAAGGAGUUCACAACACCCAAUACGAAGUGGACAUUUAACCCACCCAGCUCCCCACACAUGGGUGGAAGCUGGGAGAGAAUGGUGCAAUCCGUCAAGAAGAUACUGACCCAACUCAAGCUACCCCGCAACCCAACCGAUGAAGUACUUCGCAACACGCUCCUUGAGAUCGCUAACGUCAUCAAUUCGCGACCCCUAACAUACAUCCCUAUUGAUGACGAGAACUCUCCCGCACUGACUCCAAACCAUUUUCUGCUCGGCUCCUCAAGCGGCAGUAAACCGCUGAUGCCAUUCAGCGACGACAUCGCUACGCUCAGAAACAACUGGAAGGCCUCUCAAUUGUACGCAAACAUUUUCUGGAAAAGAUGGGUGAAGGAGUAUCUUCCAACAAUCUGUCGCCGAACGAAAUGGCAUCAACCUGUGCGGCCGAUACAAGUCGGCGAUGUCGUCGUCGUAGUUGACCCGGACCUGCCUCGCAACUGCUGGCCCAUGGGGCGAGUGGUAUCAACGAACACAAACAACAAGGACGGGCAAGUUCGCAGCGCUGUUGUUAGGUCUAAUGGCCGGUACUACGAAAGACCAGUGGUGAAGCUCGCGGUUCUAGACGUCGGUAUCAACACUAGUAAGCUGGACAACGAUUCCAGCGUACUCGGGGGGACUGUUACGUCAUCUGGCGACGUAGCCUCCGUUACAAACCGCCGAACUCUUCGCCCGAGGUUCCAGAAAAAUACGACGCAGCUCUAAAGUGUUCGGCCACACCCAGUACCACCGGAGGGAUCGUUAUCAAACGCAUCGGCAAUAGCGAAAGAAGAGAAAUAGUAGGAAUAAGAAGUGAUCUUGAACUUGAAAUGAGUAGGCCUUUGUAAUAGCUUCUAUUGUAUCUCCAAAGUACUACACCGAGGACGCGCUGUUAAAAGCUGGACUAAGAUCGUAGAAUAUUGUGCAUGCCAGUGACCUAAAUUUACGAUCGCAGCCCUACUGCGCGUUGUACCCCAGAACAAAUUGUGCGCCACGCUAAUAUGAUCCCCGUAGAUCGAGCGCAAUAAUUAGAAAUUGAAUUCCCCUCGUGCGAGGCAUCCCAGCCGAUGAACGGCUUAGAAAAGUAUAAAUAUUAAGUAAGCCACAACCUUGCUGUUGGACCUACCGUCAGUGCAUGCAUUCCGGCCGUUGAACGGUUAUAAAGGGCAUAAACGGAAAAUUUAAUCACGUCAGAAUAAACGGAUUCAAAUUUGUGGAAAACUCUGUUACUUGACCACUUCUCGUAAC